AUGCUUACGUUCAAGCAAUGGCAAAAUGAUCAAGUACCAAGACAUCAGAUAGACCCAGUGGUCCAAUCCGAUCCAUAUUCUUUGGUGAACAAAACUACGCCAACGGUCACAAUUGAACCUGAAUCUUUGGAUAUUUCGCCUUAUAAUCAUUGCAUUGUCUUGCCUACAUCCUUAAAGUGGCUACUUCCUAAGAGUAUUAUCAAUUUGGUACAUAUAGGUAUCAUCUCAGGUACCCUAUCAAACAUGAACGAAUGGGAAUCAAUGAAACCCGUACCUGGAAUGUAUGACACAGAAGAACAUAUGAUAAAUUCUACGGAACAGUUCGUGAUACAUUACAAUUUAUGGAGGUUAGAGGAUACUUUGAUCGCAAUAAUCGAUGAGAAUGAAGUGAAAUACCCAGCCAUUGUAACGAAUUUCAUGACUAGAAAUUUAGCACAAUUGCUUAGAGACAUUAAGGAUAUAACAAUAUUAGUAAAUUCGGACAAAAUAACAGAGUUGAAACAGUUGUCCUAUUUAGUCCCUCCCGAAUUUAUUACCGGUUCUAUCACCAAUUUCAUUUUAGCUCUACCAAGGAAGGAACUCAAAGUUAUUGUUGUGCCUUCUGAGGGUCCAAUUGGUUUUGAGAAAUAUAAUUUCCCUACCGUUGAUGCUUUAGUAGAUGAAAUGUCGAAAUUACUUUGCUCGUACCCGUCACAGACAGAGUACUAUGUAUCGGAAUGCUUAAAGCUUUGGAAACUUGACGAAUGUACCACAACUCAAGGCGGGUUAUAUAUUUAA